UAUCGCACCACAAAAAAAAUCGAUUUUUUAAGAACUUUUUAUAUUCUAAUGUUCUUCAGCCGAACAAUCCGCUGGAUCUGAAAGCGAUGGCUACGCCACCUGUUACUUCGCCGUCGUUUCCUCCAUUGCUGAAAUGGCGCUCGGCCAGAUUUAUCUGCCCUAGUUCCACUAGAUCAUACAAACAAGCACAGAUCCCCUGUUCCGCCCUUCUGUUGUUCUUCUGUGGUCCAAGAUCAAUAACUGGGCAUCGAGGGAGGCUCUGAUCGCCAUGGAGGGCGGCGCCGGUAACGUUGAGCCGAGCGAGGUUCUAAGCUUAUUGGCAGCCGUUUCUUAUGGCUUCGCUUCAAUGGCCAUGGUGUUUAUCAAUAAGGCAAUCCUCAUGAAGUAUGCCUACUCGAUAACGCUUCUAGCAUUGCAGCAAGUGGCAACCGCACUUCUAAUACAUUUAGGACGGGUUAUGGGAUAUACGAAAGUGUCUAGCAUGAACAUAGCCACUGCGAAAAAACUCCUCCCACUCUCCCUAUUCUACAAUGCUAAUGUUGCAUUUGCUUUGGCAAGUUUGAAGGGGGUAAAUAUUCCUAUGUAUAUUGCCUUGAAGAGACUCACACCCCUUGCUGUCCUUAUUGCUGGAUUUUUUUCAGGAAAGGGAAGGCCACAUAUCCAGGUAGGAUUUCUUCUGAUUUACAUGUUGAAAAUUCAACCUUUUCAAUUAACAGGAAAGUUAUUCCAAUAGUACCUUAAAUAUGUAUUUUAUGUUGAAGUGUUGUGUGCUCAAAUUCAUGUCAAACAA